AUGGACGUAGCUUCUAUGCAAUCAAGAUUUGAAGAAAGGAUCUUUGGAUUCCAACAAGUUGCAGGUGCAGAAUUACUCAAGAAAAAACAAGAAAAUUAUGCAGUUGAGCUAAGAAAGAAAAUUCGGUCCCAAAACACUACAAAGCGAAGGGCGGUAGUAAGUGGGCAUUCAUUUCUUCUGCACUAUAGCGAAAAAGAAAAUGUAUCAGUGGGCAACCUUCCUUUUCAUCUGAUAAAAAUGAAUCCAGAGCUUGCCUCUCCAGAUGUUAACCCAAUUGAGAAGCUCAGAAUUAUCCGAGAAAUUAUGGUAGAAGAUACUGAUCGAAAUGUUUUGGACCAAGGCUUAGAAGUCUUAGCAGGAGUAUUAAAAAUUGAAGUAGACACCCCUUUCAGUACAAUCGUGUACCUAGGAUUUAUCCCAAUUCUUCAAAGACUAAUGGACUAUAAAUACCCUACUCCAAUAGUACUCAAUGCAACAAUGUGUUUAGCAAACAUAUGCAAUGGCCCUCAUGAAUAUGCAUCCCACGUGUUUAAAUUAGACGGAAUUCACAGUUUCCUGCGAAUAAUAUCGUCUCGAAACAUCCAACCUACAAUUAUGGCUAUUAGAGGAUUAGCUAAUCUCUGUGGAGACUGCUAUGAAUUCUCAACAGCCAUAAUUGAAUCAAAUUUAAUUAAUCAGCUUUCUCAAUUGCUUGAGAACUGUAGAGAUGACAAUUUAGAGUUGAUGGCAGUCAUUUCCCAUCUCGCUAGGAAUAUUACACAAAAUGCUGACGACAUCUCAAUUGAGCAGAUUGAUAAAAUAGUGCAAUGAAUUGGGAAAUUAAUUAUUUUUCAAGACCCUGAAAUUAAAGACGACUGCUUAAAAGCCUUAAGAAAUAUUUCAAAAUGUGAGGAUAAUAAAAAAAUUGAACUGAUUUUAGAGAACAAUUUAGGAGAAUUUUGUGUGCAAAGCUUAGGAAAUUAUGAAGAAAAUUUAUUAAAAAAUGCUAGCAAAAUUAUAGCGAACUUUUUCGCUUUAGAUAUAGAGAUUACUCAGCAGCUUUUAGAUUGUGGAGUUCUAGAUAAGUUAUUGCAGCUAAUAAACCAUCCUAGCUCUGAAAUAAGAAGAUCGGUUUAUUUAGCGCUUUCUAAUAUAUUAUGUGGAACAAAUUAUCAGAAAACUAAAUACUUAGACCAUGAAAUUGCAGCUUUUUCAAUGAGGGGCUUAGAAGAUGCAGAUGCAAAUGUUAAGCUUGAGUGUUCAACGAUGUUAAAGAACUUUAUAAAUACUUCAGAAUAUGGGCUUACACUAAAAUUGAUUGAGCUUCGAAUAUUCGACUACUUGAAAAAUGCUUUGGAUAAUGAUAUUGAGCCAGAUUUUUUAAAUAAUAUUUUAUCAAUCUGCGAUGGCUUAUUGGAAGCUGGAAAACAAGAACAAUACAGAAUUCGAGAUGUGUCUAAUCAGAUAGCUUUAAUGUUUGAAGAAUCUGGCUGUCUUGAUGUACUUGAAAAUAUUAUUGGGAACAUGGAAGUUGGAGAUAUUUUCCAAUAUGCUCAACAAAUUCAUGAAGAAUACUUUGGGCAAUCAUUUGAUUCUACAGAUACAAAAAUUUAUGAAGUCCCGGCAAUAUUUGAAUUUAGUUAA